AUGGAAGUCGUGGAAGACAUGGAAGAAUUGGAAAUGGAAAACCUUACUUCGGGCACUAUCAUACCAUUCUCCGAAGUUACUAUUCUCACCGCUCUUGUGUUUGCAUUAGUUGUGAUUCGCGGCACAAGUCUUCUUUACUUUAAAUACGUACAAAAUGCAGCAAUACAAAAAAAAAAGAACGUGACACUUGUGGUUUUGGGUGAUAUUGGGCGGUCACCGAGAAUGCAGUAUCACGCGUUGAGUUUUUCUCGAAAUGGCUGGCAUGUUGACUUUGUAGGAUAUGAUGGCUCGACGCCGAUGACAGCUAUCACGGACAACAAGAACAUUAAAAUUCAUCAUAUUUCUCAUCCAUGGCGUCUUCCCGAAUUUUUCCCAAAGAUAUUGUUUCUUUUAUAUGCACCUAUAAAAGUAUACGCACAAAUGUUAACAUUGUAUUGGACGCUCUUGUGGCGUAUCAAUUCGCCGGAUUUUGUGUUAGUUCAGAACCCGCCUUCUAUUCCGACUUUAUUGAUUGUACAAUUUGUUGUUUGGCUUCGACAAACGAAUUUAAUUGUUGAUUGGCACAAUUUUGGGUAUACAAUUCUAGCACUUCGACUUGGGGAAGAUAAUUCAGUCGUCAAAUUUGCAAAAUGGCAUGAAAAAGUGUGGGGACGUAGAGCUGUUGCUCAUUUGACAGUAACGGCGGCUAUGCACCGCGAAUUAUUAUAUAAAUGGGAGGUUGACGGCAAAGUUGCUACUUUAUAUGAUCGACCACCUCAACAUUUUAGGAGAUUAGAAUUGGAUGAAAUACACGAGUUCUUUUCAAGAAUCAAUCUAGAAGAUAUUAUAACAUUACAAUCCACCGGUUCUUCCACAUUUUUAACAGACUCUUCUAGCGAUAGUUCGACUUUAUUCACUCACAAACCAUCACCCCAAGAGCCUGCGCGAUUUAGAUCGGAUCGACCGAUUCUGAUAGUUAGCAGCACGAGUUGGACGGCAGAUGAAGAUUUUUCGAUAUUGCUACGGGCUGCACAAAAAUUUGAUGAGGUUGCUAAAAGUGGCGGUGCUAAGACAUUUCCAAAGUUGCUUUUUGUUAUAACUGGGAAUGGGCCCUUGAAAGAAAAAUAUAUGCAGGAUAUCAGUCGGUUACCAUUGCAACAUGUGAGAAUUGUAACCAUGUGGUUGACAGCCGAGGAUUAUCCAUUGUUAUUAGGAUCAGCCGAUUUAGGAAUUUCUCUGCAUAAAUCCUCGUCGGGGAUGGAUUUGCCCAUGAAAGUAGUUGAUAUGUUUGGGUGUGGGUUGCCUGUUUGUGCGGUCAAUUUUCAAUGUCUUGAUGAACUAGUGCGUCAUAAUAAAAACGGUUUAAUAUUCAAUGAUGCAGAAGAAUUGGCUAAACAGUUGAUUGAUUUAUUUGCCGACUAUCCUGUGAAUGCCUCGAAACUAGAUAGUAUGCGCGAACACAUAAAAGAUUUUCAGAAAGAGCGAUGGGACUCUAAUUGGGAUCGCGUGGUCUUGCCAAUAUUAUCUGAAGAAGAUUAG